ACCUCAGACUCCUUCCUCGAAUGCUUCCGGAACAAUCUCCUCGACAUAAGUGUUGAUCCGUGUCCAUACGGUACCCACUCGUUUCGUUGCAGCGGGUAUCAAUUUCUGCACACAGUGCGAGGCUGGUCAUUUCGGAAGAUCUGCGACUGGGGUGGGUGGGCUGAGAAUUUCGACAACCCUGGUACCAUAUUCAAGUACCUCUUGUCUUGGAACGACAAUCCAGCAGAGGCUCGCGAACAUUACAUGAACCCAAACAGGCCAGGCUGUGACCCUUGCUAUAGCUGCGGAAGAACUUGUCAUUGUGGUUAA